UGAAGCAUGCAUGAAGUCUAGGAUGGUUAGUUAUCAACUUUUAAAAUAUCAUUUCAGAUCUGCUGUGAAUGCAUUUGGUGACCUGGAGGUCCAGCCUGUCAGGGGAGACUCCCAUGAGUACAGCACUCGAAACAGAUUGAGGCUGGAUCUCCCAUACUGCAGGUUGGGGAGGACGCAAUUCAGUGUGGUCUACCUGCCGGGAAAGAUUAUAAAUAAGCUGCCCAUUUCGGUGAGAAGUCUACCUGUGGCUGCCCUAAAGCGAAGGUUGAAGCACUUCUUGCAGGAGAAUCCUUUCUACUCACUCAACGAAUUCUUUGAAUGUGACAGUGCACUGUUGGCCUUGAUUCAAACCAAUCAUGUGAUCAAAAAAUUAGAGGACUUGUAUUCUACAAAGAAAUUUGAAAUCGUUACAAUGAUGACUAUCGGGGACCAGAUAUUAGAUAAGCCUCUGCCAAAAAUUGGAGAGAAGAGUCUGUUCACUAAGGAGCUUGAAACAGCUCUAGAACUUGGUACUGUCGAUUUUCUUGUACAUUCGUUGAAGGAUAUGCCCACCGACCUCCCUGAAGGCAUGGUCAUCGGUGCUGUACUCGAACGAGAAGAUCCAAGAGAUGUUGUUAUUAUGAACUCAAAAAUGAAAGGAAAAACAUUGAAAACGUUACCAAAAGGGAGUGUUGUAGGUACUAGUUCAUUGAGGAGAACAGCGCAAUUGCAGCGUAACUAUCCUGAGCUGGAAGUGAAGAACAUAAGAGGAAACCUGAACACGCGACUACGCAAGUUGGAUGAAGACAAUCAGUACGAUGCCAUAGUUCUGGCCAAAGCCGGCGUUGAUCGCAUGGGCUGGACGGAAAAAAUUAGCCAGGUGCUGGACACUGACGACAUGAUGUACGCGGUGGGCCAAGGGGCGCUGGCCGUGGAGUGUCGCGGCCACGACUCGGCAACACUGGUGAUGUUGGACGCGAUAAGCGACAAGUCGACUGUAGCGCGCAUUGUGGCCGAGCGCAGCUUUCUCAACCGACUGGGCGGCGGCUGCUCGGCACCUGUUGCUGUCUGCUCACACAUCACUACUGCGCCGGCGCAACAGGUGCCAGCUACAGCGCAUGCCCAGACGGCACCCCCCACCACUCUCGCUCUUUCCGGCGCCGUGUGGAGUCUCGAUGGCCGGCAAACUGUGAAGCACUCCAGCUCUUGUGCCUUGCAGAGCGAUUCCAACGUUGACGAUGAUGACGACGAGCCUCCUAGAAAAUGCCAACACAAAGAACAACGAUUAUAUUGUGGACUUUCUACAAGAUCAUUGAGCCCAGAAGAUUUGGUUGCAGCAGAAAAGGUCGGUUGUGAUCUAGCAUUGAUUCUGAUAAAGCAAGGUGCCUUAGAGAUUAUGAACAAAGCAAAGAAAACAAUUCAUAGCUCAAUUGAAUAGCCCAAAAUUAUCAACUUAAUUCAAUUAACUUAGUACUUUCUCUUGAAAACUGCAUUGUAACGAGUAGAAACAAUAUAUUAGAUGUGAUUUUUAGGAAAACACUGUGAAUCAAAGUUAAUGAUGUGUUGUGUUUCUUGUGUAAAUCACAUCAAGAUCUUUAGUCUUUGCCUAGUAAUAGAGUAGUUUUUGAAUAAUACAUUUUUGUAAUGAGUUAGAUUAUAACGUCUCUCAAUAAUUGAAAAGAGAUACUAUUCAAUUUAAUUUCUAUUCAUUCUUAAAAUCUUUUCUUUAUUCAAUAAUUCGUCAUAUCUAAAAUAGUGCUACUCUGUGCAAUAUAAUGAACUAUUCUCAUUUAAUUAGAUUUCCUGGUGCUAGUUCUUUUUUUGCGACUACGUCAACUCUGAAUAGUUUUCUUGUUUCUUUGUAGCCUUCUAAAUAUUAAUGUCUUGUUGUAACUUGGCUGUAGUAGAAAACAUAAUUACCAACUACUUAACACUUGAGUUUCUUGAAACAAUUUUUAGGACUUUCCCGAUAGUAUUGGAUAAAAUGGACAGUGUAUUAUUCUAAUGACUGAUUAUUAUUGAUUAGUGAAGCACUGACAAUUGUUUAAAUAUUGCAUGAGACUUUGAUAAACUUACUUGGUGUGUCGAAUUACAUCCUUAAAAGGAUAUUAUUUUUUAAUAGUUCAAUGUUCUUGAUAAUUUUUCUAUGUAUUGCUAUGAAUAUAAAAUGCUAAAUUUGAGGGUAUCUUUAAGAUUGAAGAUUGUUGUUUAUUUUGUUGACAUUUUGUUAUAAUAUGAAAAAUAUUAUUUUUGUUACGGGGUGAUUGUUGAUGGGAAUUUCGGGUUAUAAAAACCAUAAACAAAUAAAUGAAAACAAUUCAAAUUCGU